CACUUUUAUUUAUCACAAUAAUAUUUUUCAUAAUAUAAACAGUACGGAGUUUUCAAUAUUGCGGAAGCUUAACAAUCAUAAUCACAAACAUAAUUUAUUUAUGUUCUUUAAUUCAAAACCAUCACAUCCAUUCCGGCAAUCUCGCCUCCGUCUGCCUCCAGGAUCACGUCACUUCAUUAACCUGUGUGUAGCAAAUAAAACAUACUACACGCUCAGCGUUGAAGCUGAACCUCAAUCGGCCUCCUUUCUGCCUUCCCAACUGAUGCAGAUAUAUAAACAGGGAAGCGCGCAGCUGACUCAAGCGCCGACAAACACGACGGUGGACGAAGUACAACAGAACAACACGGCGACAAACCUAGCGAUAGCAGCGACCGCCUCCUUGACGAUGAUUUGCAUCUGAGAAAUUGAUUUUAGGGAAGAUCAAGACUAUUGCCAGCAAUUUGCUGGGUGUUCUGCUUGUGUAAUGGGUUCUUCUCGCAGCGAAAUUCUGACAUUCCAGAGAUUGAUCUAGGAACUUGCUUUGCAGUGCCUAUUUCUCCAGACCCAAUGGAAAAGGAUUCCGGGAGUGAUAAAAAUGCCGAUUUUCCGCUGGAUAAGUUAUCUUUAGGAUUAUUCAACCAACACAAACUCCUGAUUCCAGAUGCAGAGAAACGAAAAUAUGUAGUUCUUGUGUCAACUGGAAGUUUCAACCCUCCUACUUAUAUGCAUUUGCGUUGUUUCGAACUGGCAAGAGACACAUUAAAUUCACAAGGAUUCUGUGUCAUUGGAGGUUACAUGUCACCCGUGAAUGAUGCAUAUAAGAAAAAGGGUCUUAUAUCUUCCAAGCAUCGAAUUGCAAUGUGCCAUUUGGCUUGUAAGAGCUCCGACUUUAUAAUGGUGGAUCAGUGGGAGGCAAGUCAGAAUACAUACCAGCACACAUUGACUGUUUUGUCUAGAAUCAAGACCUCAUUAUCAAAUAGUGGACUAGAAUCAGAUUUGCUCAAGGUUAUGCUUGUGUGUGGCUCGGAUUUGUUAAAAUCUUUUAGCAGUCCAGGAGUUUGGAUACCUGAGCAUGUUAGGACAAUAUGUAGAGACUUUGGGUUGGUUUGUGUUCGAAGAGAUUGUCAGGAUGUUGAUAAGAUUAUCGCUGAUGAUGACAUUUUAAGUGAAUAUAAGACCAACAUCAAAGUUGUAAAUGAGGUAGUGCCGAACGGGAUAAGUUCGACAGGAUUAAGGGAAUGCAUCUUGAAGAGGCUGUCAAUAAAAUAUUUGACUACAGAUGAAGUGAUUGAGUAUAUAAAGCAGCAUGGUCUCUACAUGGUCCAAAAUUGAGUUUAUUCCUAUAUGCAAAAAAACUUACCCAAAUAAGUUCAGUUAAUAUGUGUUCACUUUUUGCCACAUUCUUGGUUUUGAAUAAUUCUACGUAAAUAUG